CAAAGCGGAGACUAAGCAUCAAGAGAGCAGCUUUCUGGUCUUCGCUGACAGAAUUUUCGCUUUAGAAAGUUGCUCUCGCUCCAGAACUGCAUGCAGAACUGAUGAUAUAUACUGAAGAAAUUUACAGCAAGUUCAUCGCGCUGAAGUUGUUGUCUUAAACUUGGGAAGAUGAGUUUUUGUAAGACCUGGGCUGUUGCACUCCUGCUGCCUCUGCUGAUAUCAGCACAGUAUCAAGGGGACAACGGAAUAAUCGUCCCGGAGCAUGGAUUUUGUCAGCCGAUUUCAAUUCCCCUGUGCACGGACAUAGCCUACAACCAAACCAUCAUGCCAAAUUUAGUGGGCCAUUACAACCAGGAGGACGCAGGGCUCGAGGUGCACCAGUUUUACCCUCUUGUAAAGGUACAGUGCUCGCCGGAGUUGAAAUUCUUCCUGUGCUCCAUGUAUGCGCCUGUGUGCACCGUUUUGGAGAAGGCCAUUCCUCCGUGCAGGUCUAUCUGCGAGAGAGCCAAGCAGGGCUGCGAGGCUCUCAUGAACAAGUUUGGCUUUCAGUGGCCAGACCGUCUGCGCUGCGAGAACUUCCCCGUGCUGGGAGACGGUCAGAUCUGUGUGGGCCAAAACGAUUCAUCCGCCGCCACCGUCACACCCAUCAUGACUGUCCCGGAGACGCAGGACCUGACUAUGGCCCCAGCACAUGAGAGGCCUUUCCGUUGCCCGACUGUUCUCAAAGUACCCCCAUAUUUGAAUUAUAAGUUUUUAGAUGAAAAGGAUUGUGCAGCUCCCUGUGAUCCAUCCAGGAGCGGUGGGAACAUGUUUUUCACUGACAAAGAGAUUCAUUUCUCCCGCAUAUGGAUUCUGGUCUGGUCUGUGCUUUGUUGUGCAUCUACAUUGUUCACAGUAACUACAUAUUUAGUUGACAUGCAGCGCUUCAGAUACCCUGAGCGGCCUAUCAUCUUCCUGUCUGGCUGCUACACUAUGGUCUCCAUAGCCUACAUAGCUGGCUAUUUCCUGGGGGACAGAGUGGUGUGCAAUGACAGCUUCAACCCAGAUGGCUAUAAAACCAUCGUCCAAGGCACCAAGAAGGAAGGUUGUACCAUCCUCUUCAUGAUGCUCUAUUUCUUCAGCAUGGCCAGCUCCAUCUGGUGGGUCAUCCUGUCUCUCACCUGGUUCCUGGCAGCAGGUAUGAAGUGGGGCCACGAGGCUAUUGAAGCCAACUCUCAGUAUUUUCACCUGGCAGCCUGGGCAGUGCCGGCCGUCAAGACCAUCAGCAUCCUGGCCAUCGGGCAGGUGGAAGGAGACGUGCUUAGCGGCGUCUGCUUCGUCAGUCUCAGCAACCUGGACCCGCUUCGAGGCUUUGUGUUGGCCCCUCUCUUCAUCUACCUCUUCAUCGGCACCUCUUUCUUGCUGGCCGGCUUUGUGUCACUGUUCCGAAUCCGCACCAUCAUGAAACACGAUGGCACCAAGACAGAGAAGCUGGAGCGACUGAUGGUGCGGAUUGGGGUGUUCAGCGUGCUCUACACCGUCCCUGCCACCAUUGUUAUCGCCUGCUUCUUCUAUGAGCAGGCCUUCCGCAGCCACUGGGAGCGCAGCUGGGUCAGCCAUAACUGCAGGGGCUUGGCCAUCCCCUGCCCUUUGCAGACCGGGCCCCGCAUGACUCCAGACUUCACUGUCUACAUGAUCAAGUACCUGAUGACACUGAUAGUGGGUAUCACCUCUGGUUUUUGGAUCUGGUCUGGAAAGACUCUACACUCCUGGCAUAAGUUCUACACAAGGCUCACAAAUGGCAAACACGGAGAGACCACGGUGUAGAAUAAAGACACGUCUAAAUGUUGCUGGGACUAAUUUGUGUAUUAUUACCUGUUUCUCAUGUGAUAGGUAAGUAGCACAGUGAGUAGCUAUAGGUUCUUCAAGCAUUUGUAUUCGCCUCAGCUUUAUAGCCACACAUGCAUGCCAACCUGAGGGUCAUAGUUUGACAAAAGGGCAAGCUGGAAAAAUAAGGACUGAACCUGACUGUCUGAACAAAUAACAAGCAUGGCUAUGGACGCCAUGUGCUCGCCCCCUCUGGCGCUUUUCUUAAAGCCCACAUAAACUCAAAGGGAGUGAUGAUCCCGCAGCCAAGAACAUAGAGAGCAAUGGAAGAAAGGCAGUUUAUUCCCUCUGUAAACAUUUCAUAAGUGAAAUUGUAAAUAGUAUUUGUAAAAACAUGAAAUUAUAUAUUUGUAUUUAAAGAAAGUAAAUACUUUUCCUCAUCUGCAAGUGUACCGGUUUUACUUUUACACUGUAAGAAUGCCACAUACUGUAGAUCUAGUCAUGCUCCUUUUGUUUUUGUUUUUUUUAUUAAUUGCUGGUUAUAAAUUACAUUUUUUAUGAAUUAAAAGAAUGUCUGCAUUUCACUCUGUUGGAUGACAUCCCAGAAGCUUUUUAGCUCACUCUACUGUGACUCCUCUUUAACCGAAAACAUGUGCUGAGACUGCAAAAUGCGCAGAUAUCAUCAAAUAGCUAUAAAUCAAAUGCUCGAUUUUUAAUUCCACGGUCACAGGGGGAAAACACUAUUGAGUGAUUUUCUUUAUUUUUUCACCCUCCUUAUGUUCAGUAUUCUUUUAUGAGUAAAUAAUGUCUUGAUAACAAGUUCUUUUCUUUGAUAAAGGAACAGCCAUGUUGUUUUCUCAAGGGGGUGAAGGUUGUGUCACACCUGAACAUCUGUUGCCUCAGACUGGCAGGCAGCAGUAAAAGAUUAUUGGAAUUCUUAAUGGAAAUUAGCUUCUUACUCAAGAUUGUAGCCAUCUGGGAAAUACGAGGAAUGAGUUUAUACUGAAACCGUCAACUCAACACACCUCUAUUGUCAGUAUAUUCUGAAAUAUUUCACAUCUCUGUGUUUUGUGUCAGAGAAACUGGUGGCAGCCUGUAAGAAUGUGGCAGCGGCCUUCCUCACACAUGUACACUAACAUCGUCUUCAGGUGCUAAACAAAACAAGAAACGUUUUUUGUUUUGUUUUGUUUUUUUUGCCUGUUGUCAGAGAGGCCUCGGUUAAAUCAACCGGAAUUUGGCAAGAAAAGUCUGUGCCGCUGCAAAGGUGUGAAAACGUUCCCGUCUGCCUGUUUGGCAAAGGGUGUUCGGCUUUGCUGUAGUGUUACUUCUCUGGAAGCACUGUGCUCAGUGCCAAGUUGGAAUCCCCCAAGCCAUGCAUGGCUGAAAUUGAGCCGUCUCUGCGGUGAUGUCAUGAAGUAGAUGGGUGUGUUGGAGAAAGUUGAUCCUCUUGCCUCAGAGCAGAGGCCCCGGGCUAGAAGCAGGCGUUUGAGAAUUGCACGCACAUACAGUACAGAAGUGUGUGUGUGUGCAUGUGAAUAGUUGCUGCAAAAGCUUAGAGAGGCACAGAAAACAGCAUAUAACCACCACAUUAGACUGCACCUCUAUUAGGCUGUAUCUCUAUUGGUUACAGUAUAACAACUGGCAUGAGUGUACAGCAGAUCUUUACUAUGAAUGGACCUUUCUUAUAUCUCAUGACCUGUUGGACAAGUUGAUGUUUGCUUUCUUGUACCCUUAUCUGGGCUUGAAUAAAGAGGGGUUGUAAUAACAGACAGGUGAGAGUGAUUAAAGGUAGGAACAGAUACUCUGAGGGGGGAAAAACCAUAAAUCUACCCUCUUACACCCGCUCUGCCUCCACCCUCCUUCCCCCUCUCUGCUCAGAUGAAUGGGGGGAAUGCGAGUGAGUCAGUGGAGCGGUGCUGGGCCUUUGCCGAGUGACAGACAGUCUCCUGUGUGCUGCUCACUUCAAAGCACCGCUGAAACCCGACUAGCUCCUAGUAAACAGUGCCGCCUGGCCCGAAGGGCCACUUCCUGCGCUUAACUCAACUUAAUGGCUGGCUUGUUUGGCUUUGCACUGAAGCAGAGAAACGAAUGAAGAGUCAGAGAAUGAAGACAAGCGGCAUGGGGUGGGGUGCUGGUGGUAAAGAGAGUGAGAUUGUUUUAGGGUUUUCGGGAGGAGGGAUUUGGAGACCAUGAUGGAAAAUUCAGCAUUAUUUGGUGCUUUUGUCUUCUUCCAGGGGAAAACAACAAAGAAAGGAGGAAAGAGAGAAUCCAAAUGAGGAGAGACGUGACUGUGAUUUUGUGAAUAUUUCAACUAAAUCUUUGGAUCUCGGGCCGUCGAAGCUAAACGGAAUCAGAUGCUGUGCAUUUAACUUACGCCAGGAAAAAAACAGCUCCUCACAAAGCCAUGUUCUCUCAGUAAAUCUCGAUGUGUAUGUUGCACGACCCAUCUGGGCGAGUUUUAUAUCGACCUGGUGGACGUGACCUUCUCUGUACAUGCAGAGAACUGUUCGGAAAUGUAAGA